CGCUUUUUCUUUCUUUGCUUCAGAAAUACGUCGAGGAUUUCUUGACUAAAGCAUGCAGUUCCACGUGUUGCGAAGUGCUUUAUAACAGUAAAAUGGGGAAGAAUAAAAGGAAUAAAACCACGGAGUCCGAAAAACAAGCGGGCAAAGACGGACACAGUCUGAGCAAACAGAAAAUUAAAGGAGAUGGCAAGACCAAGAAAGCCAAACAGGAGGACCACCUCGCACACAUCCCCUUCAAGCUCCGAGAGAUAAUGAAGAGCAAGGAUAAGAUGAAAACCGAAUCCUUGGGGAGCAAAAAGCUAAAAAAGGCCAUCGCGUUGGAGUCUAAACCAGGCGGUGCUCCGGACGGAGACAUAGCUGUUCCUCGCUUCAGGAGGGGGAAGACGGAGAGUGUGGGCGCCUAUGUUAGGCGCAUGGAGAACGAGACGCAGCAUGUGCUCUUCCUCACAAAUAACCAAGUGGAGAGAGCGCCCGAGCUUGAUCCGGACAAACAGGAGCGGUGUGCGGGCAAGGGGAAGUCAGAAAAGAAGAAGGAGUAUUCUAAAAUGAGACUCAACAAGCUACAGCAGAAGAAGUUGGACAGACAAGAGGACAAAAUAGAGAAAGAGCUGUUUGUGGAUAAUGUUCCAUUUGGUGAAGUUUCUAUGGCCCCACCAUCCUUAAGCACCAAACCAAGGAAAGCUCCAAUCAAAACUCAGAAGACGUCAAAGGAGCUGCUCCUGAACUCUCUGCUCGGCCACACCGUAGCCUCCACAGCGAAGCCCUCCAUGGCGAGACAGAGACUGAUGGAGGAGGAGAGGCAGCGUGCAGUGGAGGCCUAUCGGCUGCUGAAGAAACAGAAACAACAGCAGCAACAGACCAGAACUGCCAAGCCUGGGAAAACGCUCAAACCUUGAGUGAUGCCUCGUGCCUCGAUAUAGAGACUGAUACAAGGAUCUCCAGCAGACUGUUUUAGUAAUUUUAGAGCUAACAUGUCAGGUGUCUUCUCGCCUGUCAAGAAAAUGAGGCUAUAUUUGCAACCGCUGUACACCACAUGUUUGAAAAAAAACACAUCAUUCACCUGCGAUUUCCAUAAUUACCUGUUUAGUUGGUAUUAGGACGCUCGUACAAAGGAGGGACUGAUCAUGUGACUGGAAAACAUGUAAACGGGUCACCGCAGCGGCGUUCUCAACGGGUUAAUUAUGCUGUCUGUUUACUCAUAAAUGCUCGUUUGCAUUUACAGGGCCAGUAAGUUGCUACGCGAGUUUACCAUGCAAAUGUUCCAUCCUCUGGUCAACCCAGUGCCGUCAUGUUCCAUGUCAUGUAUUCAUAAAACAUGAAGUUUUUUUUUAUUUUUAUUUUUUUUACAGGAAAUCUGCUAUCUUUUUGUUUUGGUUCUGAGGAAAAUAUUCCUGUUGUUGAAAGCUGGUUUUGUACAGCUGCUGUAGAGGGAAAAAUGUUUGCAAUGGAACAAUUUUAAAACCUAAAUAAUACAGUCUCAAAUCUAGAGCUGAAUUUAGUAAUUGCUAACCUUGACUCAAUGUCAAUUGAGUUUGAAGGAACAUAUAUGGAUUUAAAAUGUCCUUUUUAGUAUUUUUGGUUCUUCAGAGCUACAUCUGGAACUGCUCGCGGUACAUUUGGUUUUAUUACAAUCAUCAACUUCAUCAUAUUGGGUCUUAUAUGAAAGACCAAAACAAAAUAAUGCAGAAUCAUAGAGACAAAGGAAAAUGAAACAUGGUUAUCAAUGUUUUUACAAAUUAAAGUCUGACAUGUAUGAGCUCCA